AAAGCAAUGUAUAGCGGACGGACGUCGUUUCGACUUUUGUAUUCCGUCAUGCAAUAAUUUUUGUCAUUCUUGAAUUCGUUAUUAAAAAAGAAUUUUCGAUGUCGCCUACGUGAACAUUAGUUAGAUUAUAGAUAACCAUGAGGUGUUAGUAUUUUAUUUCGCGUAGUUCAUUUUGUAGUUCUUGAUAGGUCUGUGACAAGUACGGUAAUGGUGGCCAUGUCAUGAAAAUCCCCACAGCCAUGGAUGAUAGCUCCGUGUCUCAUCAUAACGGAGGGCAAGUGGGAUCUCAAAUCGGAGUUAGUGUAAAUAAUAAACAAAAUGAAGAAUCCAGCCAAAGUGUCCAGUAUUCAAUACCAGGCAUUUUGCAUUUUAUUCAACAUGAAUGGGCGAGAUUCGAGCUCGAGAGAUCACAAUGGGAGGUGGACAGAGCCGAAUUUGAGGCAAGGAUUGCAUUCCUCCAAGGAGAGAGAAAAGGUCAAGAGAAUCUGAAAAAUGAUCUAGUAAGGCGGAUUAAAAUGUUAGAGUAUGCACUAAAGCAGGAGCGAGCAAAGUUCCAUAAGCUCAAAUAUGGUGUAGAAUUACAACAGGGAGAUGUGCGCCCGCCACCGGAGGAGCCGCCCACGGAGCCUGAGCCCGCAGAGAAGGCACAAUGGAAACAGGGGCGACAACUCAUAAAACAAUACCUCCAGGAAAUAGGCUACACAGACACGAUACUGGAUGUGCGCUCUAACCGCGUGCGGACUCUGCUUGGCUUGAACAAUGAGGAGCAGGCAGAGGACCCCAAUUAUAGAAACAAUGAUAACAAAUUCCGCGAAAGAUGCGGCGAUUCACCAAUAAACUCCUUAAUCCGCAAGUAUGACUAUGGGGGUAAGGAGCAACGUAAAGGUGGUGUUUCAACGGGUGGAGGUUACAAUGAGGAGGGCCUCUCUGUGCAAGAAACGGCGGCUGUGUUCGCUAACUUUGAGUUCUUGGCAAACCAGGAGAUGGAUAUGGAUGAGAUAGAUGAUUUAGAUGCAAAUAAACCACACCAUGCACCCCCUAAACAAGGCGAGGAGGUAGACAACGAAGCGGAGGAGGUUUUAAACGUGCUCAACUUGCUGGCAGAGAGCGAGGCCGACGGCGGCGGACAGGGCGAUGAGUGUCCAGUCGGCGUGGUCGGCGGAGGCGUGGCCGCGGCGGCGGGCGGUGGCGAGGCGGACGAGAAGCCGCUGGCGCUGGGCGAGCUGGCGCAGCUGACGGUCAGCAAUGAGCCCGAGGCGUACGACGUCGCCGGCGCCAACAAGGAGUCCUUCCGCAAGACCUGGAACGCCAAGUACACGCUGCGCUCGCACUUCGACGGGGUUCGAGCUUUAGCUUUCCAUCCCACCGAAGCCGCUUUAGUGACGGCCUCCGAGGAUCACACGCUGAAACUGUGGAACCUGCAGCGGACCGUGCAAGCCAAAAAGUCGGCCGGCCUCGACGUGGAGCCUCUGUACACGUUCCGAGCGCACACGGCGCCCGUACUCUGCCUCGCCAUGGGCCUCCCACGCUCCGAGGAGUGCUUCUCCGGGGGCCUCGACGGCACCAUCCGCGUCUGGAACCUGCCGCCGCCCACCGCAGACCCUUACGACCCCUACGAUCCCGCGGUACAGGGUCCGGUACUGCGCGAGCACACGGACGCGGUGUGGUCGCUGGCGUGCGCGCACGGGCGGCUGCUGUCGGCGUCCGCGGACGGCACGGCGCGGCUGUGGGCGCCGCGCGCUGCACGCCCCCUGCUGUGCACGCUGCGCGACGACGCCAUCACUGCGCCGCACGCGCCCGCGCCCGCCGUCGCCGCAGACUUUGCGGACGGCGAGGCGGCCGCCGCCGUCGUAUACCGCGACGGUACCAUGCUGCUCUACGACCUCGAGACCACGCAGUCGUUCCUGCGUAUUGCGUGCGACAGCCCCGCGAACCGCAUUCGCGCGCACCCGACGCUGCCGCUGUUGGUGAGCGCGCACGAGGACCGCCACAUCCGGUUCUGGGACGUGGGGUCGGGGCGGUGCGCGCACGCGAUGGUGGCGCAUCUCGACGCCGUCACCGGCCUCGCGCUCGACCCCAACGGCCUCUUCCUGCUGUCCGGCUCGCACGACUGCUCCGUGCGCCUCUGGAACCUCGACACCAAGACCUGCGUGCAGGAGAUCACCGCCCACCGCAAGAAGUUCGACGAGAGCAUCCUCGACGUGGCCUUCCACCCGCUGCGCCCCUACAUCGCCAGCGCCGGCGCCGACGGCCUCGCCAAGGUCUUCGUCUGAGAGGACGACACCGCCAGCCCGACACCACCGCACCACCGCACCACCACAGACCCGAGCACAGCCGUGACAUAUUACUAACGAACGGGAUUCAAAAUUCCAAUUUUUUGCCUUUUUGUAUUUCUGACUACAGUUUUACUGUUAAUAAAGUUUUUGUAGUUUGAAUGAAUACGGUCUGGAAAUUUGCGUACUGGAAGAACUGAUUUUUUAAAAUAAAACAUUUAAUAAUUAAGACUUUCUAAUAUUUAAAUCUAUUAUUUCUCAUGUUCUUCUGUUAUGCAAAAGUACCGUGCGAUUUAUUAAUUAUAUAUAUUGCUUCAAUAUGAAAUGAUGCAACUAUAUCGACGUUGGUCUCGACGAGCCAGAUUGGGGCACUUGUGUAGCACGUGCCUCGGGCAGGCAAAAGUAGCAUUAUGCAUGUGUCUCCUGAAACAUGUCACGGUUGUGCCUCGGGCAGGCAGGAGUAGUAUUGUGCGCGUGCCUCUUGUAGCACGUCACAGUCAUGCCUCGCGCAGGCAGAAGUAGCGUUGUGGGCGUGCCUCGUGCAGCACGUCAGGACCGUGCCUCGCGCAGGCAGAAGUAGCGAUGUGCGUGUGCCUCGCGCAGGCAGCGGCGGGUCGCAUGGAACGCGGGCGAGCUAACACGUGUCUCGGAGCACGUGUCUAGUCCCUUCGGUACGUUU